CGGUCUAAUGCACAGAGUACUUACUCACCCUUUUGAGAUAACAGUGCUUUCAGGUUGUACGGUAGCAUGUUUAAGAUAAUUAUUCUGGGCUCAUUGUUGGCGUGUGCAAACGCUUACUACAACCAUGGAGCAGGAUUCGCUGACAACUACUACUACGGUCACUACGGGCCGGUUGCAGGAGCGCAUCCAGUGGCUCCAGUAGCUCCUCUGUACAAUGACCUUACGGGAGUGGCUCCCUACGUUCCUAAAACAGUGGCUCAACCGAUCGUGGAUCCCCUCCCGGCAGCCAGCAGACACGGAUUCCAUCUGAACCACCUCAAUCUGAACCACGGAUACUACCACGCUGGAGUUCACCCGCCUUCACCAUCACCUACACCAGCACCCACCCCGGCUUACGUCCCCCCUCCAGUGGUCGUUCCUCCUUCUGUUACUUACAACAACAACGUCGUUCCCCCCUCAGUGCAAAAUCUCAAUCACGCUGCUCCUGCUCCAGCUCCAGCACUUGUUCCAGCUAAUUAUCAGCACCAUGCUCUUAAUUACCAACACCGCCCUUACGCACCUAUUUACACGCAUGGUCAUAUGCACAACCAUGUGAAUUACGGGUGGUAAAAAUAUCAGCCGCAAAUUUCAAUUUAUUUCAUUUUUUAAACUAAUUUUUAGUUAUUAAUUAUUAAACAUGUAAGAUUGUACUAAAUUUAUAUAACAAGCACCUUAAAAUAAAGUACGUGGUAUCUUUAUUAA